UCGGUGCUUCGCCGAAAGCAUCUUCUAAACUUUGGCGAAGUGUGUUGGUGUUAAGCUCGAAAAACCACCUUUUUACGAUUAUGAUGCGAGGUUGAAGGUAUCUCGUUAGAACGACUAUGUUAAAAACGCGGCGAGAUUUGUUUAAUGUAAAGUUGUGAAUUGCAAUGAGUGAAUCGCAGAGUGAUGGUCCGAGUUGGUUCGAGCGGUUAAGAUCUUACCUAACUGUCGAACCUGUUGUAAUAUUCCUGUUACUAGGUGUUAUUUCGUCUACAGGAUUGAAAGUUUUCGAGUACGAAAAAGCUUGUGCAACCAAGCUGAAUGUUGAUCUAAGUGUCUGUGAGUACUUUGCUCAACUGGAAGAUGACAACAUUUGUGAAUCGCUUGAUGGUUCAAACAGUACCUUGCAGCAGAACUCCAGUGAGGAUAGCUUCGAUGAAGCCCGGCGGAUGCAAUUUGCUCGUUCUGUUUGUUCCGCGAAGGAAGCGGCUACCAGUGAGGUAGCAUUGCUAAACUCAUACCGGAGUGUCAUUACGGGUCUCGUGCAAGCAGUGGUUCUGAUUUUCGUUGGCAGUUGGAGCGACCGGGUUGGGCUGAGAAAGCCUUGUUUGCUAAUUCCCAUUGCUGCGGAUGUACUGAGCUACUGCGUUCUCAUUACCAGUGCCAUAUUUAUGCGGGAAAUUUCACUGGAAAUUACGGGUAUUCUUCCGAAUCUUAUCACAUCGCUUAGUGGAGGUGUGCCACUGAUUAUAACCGGAAUCUACAGUUAUCUGACGAUUUGCACAACGGAAAAAGAUCGAACCUUCCGGUUUGCCUGUGCUGCGGUGGCGAUUGCCACUGUUCCAAUUUUGGCUAACUUUGCCAGCGGUUUUCUGUUCAAAUUACUAGGAUUCGUCAAACUCUGUUUGAUAUGUGUUGUUUCUGAUGUCUUUGGAUUACUUUAUGGACUUUUCAUUCUGAAGGAACCAGCUGCCCAUGAAGUUUCCACGGAAGAAACGGAAAACGCGAAAGAAAAUAAUUCAAAUAACUAUCGGCAAUCAGUACGAAAACUUUUUGAUCUGACUUUGGUAUUAGAUUGCUUUAGGAUGCUGUUCAGAAAACGCGAUUUGAAUCUGAGGACUAUUUUGAUUCUUACGCUGGUGGUUUAUUUUAUAAAUUACGGUGCAUUUGGCGAUACAGAGUCAGCAGCUAUUUUGGCUUACUUAAAGUUCAACUGGAUAACACAUUUGGGUACGUGGAUUUCAUACGACCUGCUAACUACGCUGUUAGGUACAGUCUUGGCUAUAGGAGUACUGAACAAACGGUACGGUGUUCCGGAUUUCCUCAUCUGCGUGUUUUCCGUAUGCUUCACCCUAAUCGCCAAACCAAUUAUGGCUUAUGCAGUAAGCGCAGUCAAACCGUACCUAUACUACGUUGCCACUUCUAUCGAUAUAUUCGAGGGCAGCAAAACAGUGGCCAUCCGCAGUAUCGCAUCGAAGCUGGUAGAACAGGAUGAAAUCGGAAAAAUGCUCGCCAUCAUGGGGAUUGUCGAUUCCACCCAGGUGGUGAUAUUUCCGACGCUCUACAGUGUGGUGUAUCUGAAGAGUCAGGAGUUUUUCAUCGGAACCGUAUUUCUGGUGAGCGAAGCAUUUCUUUUGCUUUCGCUAGGAUUCUACCUGUUCUUAUUCGUGUUGUCUAAGGAUUCCGAUAAGCUGCAGCCAAGUCAUAAAAAGGAAGGCGUAGACAAUCCGGCAAUGGAAAUAACCUCGCUGUAAUUAACAUGAAUUCAGCAAAGCAUGUAUUCUUGAACUAUUUACUUACGAAUUAAAAAAACGGUUAUCCG